AUGGGUUCUAAAGCCGAUCAUCUCCACAUGCUGUUCUUCCCUUUCAUGGCUCAAGGCCACAUGCUCCCUAUGGUCGAUAUGGCCAAGAUCUUUGCCGCUCGUGGUGCCUGCGUCACCCUUCUCACUACUCCCAUUAACGCCACCAUUAUCCAUCCCAAUAUCGAUGACUCUAUUCAUCUCCAUGUCAUCCAUUUUCCCUCUGCCGAAUUCGGCCUCCCCAACGGGUGUGAGAAUAUAGCAUUUAUUCAUUCUGAUGACCAACACGGUAAAUUCAUGGAAGCUACGUCUUCGCUCCGCCAGCCUUUUGACUCUGUGCUUAGAGAUCUCAGGCCCGACUGUGUCGUAACUGACAUAUUCUUUCCAUGGACAUAUCAUGUUGCAAUCGCGAGAGGUAUUCCGAGGCUUGUUUUUCAUGGCACCGGCAACUUCACGGCUUGUGCGAAAUGGGCUUUCGAGCGGUGUUGCCUGCUAACUGACAAGCUCGAGUCCUUUGUCCUACCCAACCUCCCACAUCGAAUAGAGAUGUUAAAAACACAAGUCCUGGACUUCAACUUAGCAAGAACGCGAACGGAGAUCAUCAUGAAGAUAGCUAAUGAGGCGAAAGAGGUGCAAUCAAAGAGCUAUGGCACGUUGAUGAAUAGUUUCAAUGAGCUUGAGUCUGAAUAUGUGGACCUUUACUGCAAGAUGAAGGGAAGGGCAUGGAAUGUUGGCCCAGUUUCUUUAUGCAAUAAGGAGGUGAUCAACAAGUCAAUAAGAGGUGGGGAGUAUGCAACAUCUGUUAGUGAGUGCUUGAAAUGGCUUGAUAAAAGAUCAGUAGGCUCAGUUGUGUACAUCUGCUUUGGAAGUGGGAGCUUUUUCUCGGUGGCACAAUUGAGAGAAAUAGCACUUGGGCUUGAGGAAUCCAUGCAUUCAUUUGUUUGGGUGGUGCGAAAUAAGGGCAAUGAUUGGAUACCAAAGGGAUAUGAAGAGAGAAUUAAAGACAUUGGGAUGGUGAUUAAAGGAUGGGCCCCACAACUAGUGAUAUUGAAUCAUGAAGCGGUUGGAGGAUUUGUGACUCAUUGUGGGUGGAAUUCUAGUUUAGAAGGCAUUAGUGCGGGGUUGUCGAUGGUGACAUGGCCAUUGUACGCAGAUCAAUUUUAUAAUGAAAAGUUUUUGGUAGAUAUAUUGAAGGUUGGGGUGAUGGUGGGCUCAAAGGUGUUCACUUCUAAUGCAAAUUUGAGGCAGAUUGUGGAGGCUUCAGCAGUUACAACAGCUAUUAGGAGGUUGAUGGGGAAUGGGAUAGAGGCAGAGAAGAGAAGGAGGAGGGCAAAGGAACUUGGCGAGAUGGCGAAAAAAGCUAUGGAUAAGGGAGGGUCAUCUUAUGAGGAGAUUGGAAAUCUGAUGCAUGAACUAAUGGAACGAAAGAAGCAUGUGUAAGCAUGUGAAGCUUAGCUCAAGGAUUUUUUUUCUUCUUCUUUCAAAUUAAUGCCUAGUUAAUUGUUCUCUCACUAAAGUUUCUAAUUAUCAUCUUAUUCAAAUGGUUUAUCAUUUUUUUUUUCUGCAAAUUGUUGGGAGAUGUAGUUUUACUAUGAAAAGACGAGUUUA